UGAAUUCAAGAAUUAGUGUUGGAAUUUCUGUCAUGAAGAAAAUUCUUGAAAUGUGACACCAGUUGAGGUACUUGAGUUUUUGUUUGCUUCAGAUAAAGAAAAAAACAUAAACAAGUAAACAAUCUUUGUUCCCCUUUCCUAUACAUAUUUACCAACUUGGUGGAUUUGUUGCCUCAUAUUGGGUUAUCUAAAACAAAUUAUUUGAUUAUCUUAUGUUCUUUUUGUAUGUAUUACAUUGUUUCUGCAUGUCUCAAAGAUUAUCCAUCAUACACAAGACUAGGGAAUUCGUGAGAAAUACUUUGUUAAAAUUGAAUUGUUUAACAUACUAAACUAACACAUUUUUGUCAUAUUAUGUAACGAAAAAAACACUUUGGUCAUGGUGAAAGACAAAUCAAGUAUGCAUAUGUUUAGUAGAGAUUCAACCAGAAAUUAAACCUUUCCAUACAUCCAAUUAGACCUGGCAAAAAUCCACCCGACCCGUCAACCCGACCCUAACCCGACCCUUAAAAAACGGGUUAGGGUUCAUAUAUCUCAACCCGCAACCCGUAGAUAACCCGUAUUAUCAACCCGUACGGGUCACGGGUCAGAAGAAAACAAAAGGAAGAAAAGAGGAGGAUAUAUUCUGUCUCGUGUGGUGAGCAAUAGCUUGCAAUGCCGGGAAAACGAUGCUGAGAUCCCUUGCUCUGGUCUCACUCUCUCUUUCUUCCUCAUUUGCUCCUUUUGGGUAAAUACCAGUUGCUUUGUCUCGUGCUCCGCGUCAAUUCAAGGCAUAAAAGCUGCAGAAAUUUGGGGGUGGAAAGCAGAAUUUGACGUUUUCCCGAGGGGGUUUUUUUUGAAAGGUGAAAGCCACUGUCAAAUCUGGUCAGAUACCAAGAAGGGAAGCUAGGCAUGAGGGAAAUAUCUAGAAGAGUAAUUUCCAGUUUGUCUGAGAGUUCAUGGAAUUCAGUGGAUCACCAACCAAAAUCUUGGUCUGACACGCACAUGCUAGCAGCAGCAAAUAAUAUGAAUGGAAACAGGACCAAUAUGAAUUUGAUCCACCAUGAAAGCAGUCUGUUCUCAAGCUCACUGUCAGAAAUAUUUAGUAGGAAGCUGCAAUUAUUGAGGAAUGAUGCUCCAGCUCAUCUACCUAGCUUUAAAGUUUCUUCGGACUAUGAGGAAGAACCUUUAGGAUCCCCUGAAGAAAUUGAGGAGCAGACCAUUGGAAAUCUCCUUCCUGAUGAAGAUGAUCUUUUUUCUGGAGUAAUGGGACUUGAUACUCCUGCCAAUAGGGGUGAUGAAUUAGAGGAUUUUGACCUAUUUAGCAGUGGUGGGGGUAUGGAAUUGGAAGGUGAUGAUUGUUUAGGUGUGGGUCAAGGAAAUUCAGAUAUUGUACGAGCAUCUAAUGUUUCAAUUGUUGGUGGACACCCUUACAGUGAACAUCCUUCUAGAACACAUUUCCUGAGAAACAUUAACAGUAACGUUGAAGAUUCUGAACUCAAGGCACUUUUUGAGCAAUAUGGAGAUAUCUGUACUCUCUAUACAGCCUGCAAGCAUUGUGGUUUUGCCAUGAUUUCUUAUUAUGAUAUAAGGGCAGCCCAAAAUGCAAAGAGAGGUCUCCAAACUAAGCCAUUGAGGCAUAGGAAACUAGAUAUACAUUAUUCUAUUCUAAAGGGUAAUCCAUCUGAAAAAGAUGUCAAUCAGGGAAUGCUGGUGGUUUUCAAUCUUGACACUUCUGUUUCAACCAAUGAGCUCCAACAAAUUUUUGGUGUUUUUGGAGAAAUUAAAGAAAUCCAUGAUACUUCACCCCAGCAAAAUGACAAAUUCAUUGAGUUUUAUGAUGUUAGAGCUGCUGAAGCUGCUCUUUGUGCAUUGAAUAGGUGUGACAUUUCUAGGAAGCAGAUCAAAAUUGAACAAAGUCCUCCAGGGGGACAGUAUUAUCAUUUACCUGCAGUAUUUUCCUUUCUUUUUCACUGUUUUAGGGAAGUGGAUUCUAGUUUUUAAUAGGGAGAUGAGAGCUUUAUGCUGUUUCCUUGUUCUGGUCCUGGAUGUGGAAAGGUUUCUAUUACCCCUUAUACAAUGGUAUGAUUUUACUUCCAUUGUCAUAUUCUGCUGUUAAUGUUGAACUAUCAAUAACACAAUCAAUUCUUU